CAUUUUAUGGGUUUGUUUAAUGGUGGUGAUUCAUGUUUGGUUGAUGAGAAAAUCCUGGAAUAUGAAGUGGGAAUGGUUUUAGAGAAAGCAAAGAAGCUUAAUUUUGCUAAAUAUUUGCACUGGAUUGGUUGAGUUUUUUGUUUUUGAAGGUUGUGCAUUAAUGUUUUUGUUCAGCUUCCAUACAGCUGGUUCAUGUUUGGUUCCCGAGGAAUUUUGGAAAAGAAAAUGGGCUGAAUUUAUGGUUUUAUAAUUCUGGGAAUGGGUUGGGAGAGAAAAGCAAAAGAGCUCGAUUGAGUUGGUUUUCUUAGUUUUUUCGAGAGAUCCUUCGUUAACGUUUCUGUUCAAUUCUGCGGAUUCAUGUUUGGGUCCUGGGAAAAAUCUGGAAAUCAAAACGAGUGGAAUUUGAAGUUCUGCUCUUCUAAAGUAAGGUUUUUAAAGAGGGCUAAAAAGGAAAAACCUCACUGCGGGCCAGCACAGGGGCUGAUUGGGUAGUAUUGUUUUGUUGAUUUUGUUUCUGGCUGUUGGAAGGAUGAGGAAAAGGAUAGCGAAAGAUGUUAUAUGUUUCAAUUUAAUUGGAGUUGGAGUGUGGUCAGUUCCGUACUUUUCCUGUCCAAACAGAAGCUAUUCUGACUGCUCAGUUCUUCACUUCCUUGAGCUGCUUCAAACCUGUGACUCUAUAGUUGAACACUGAAUCAGCCCGGAUCACCCUUUCUCUGUGAUUGAGAAUUUUAGAAAUGUCUGAGCUUUCCCCCAAAUUGGCUCAGAAUGGAACUAUAAAAAACAUUGAUUCUUCAAGUCCAGUGGCUGAAACUGAAGACAUUGAUUUCUCUAAACUUUCUGAAAGGCCAAGGCCUUUGACUAUGGAGAGACAGAGAUCAUACGAUGAAAGGUCAUUCUUGAGCGAAUUAUCUGUUGGAAUGUCGCCCCGGCUCUCCAUCAGAAAUAUUGAUAGUUAUUCCCGAAAUAUAGAUCAUCUUGAUACCGUAUUUUCUCCAUGUAGACGGUCUGGGUUUAACACACCAAGGUCAGCGAUGGACUUUGAGCCGCACCCAAUGUUUGCCGAAGCUUGGGAAGGUUUAAGGCGUUCAUUGGUUUUUUUCCGUGGUAAACCAGUUGGCACCAUUGCUGCUUUAGAUAAUUCUGACGAAGAACUUAACUAUGAUCAGGUGUUUGUGAGGGACUUUGUCCCAAGCGCAUUGGCUUUUCUGAUGAAUGGGGAACCUGAAAUUGUAAGGAACUUUCUUGUAAAGACUCUUCGCCUUCAAUCUUGGGAGAAAAAGGUAGAUCGUUUCCAGCUUGGAGAGGGUGUAAUGCCAGCCAGUUUUAAAGUACUCCAUGAUCCAGUCAGGAACUCCGAUACUUUAAUAGCUGAUUUUGGUGAAAGUGCAAUAGGAAGAGUGGCUCCUGUUGAUUCUGGAUUUUGGUGGAUUAUACUGCUUCGGGCAUACACAAAGUCUACAGGAGACUCUACCCUAGCUGAACUGCCUGAAUGCCAGAAGGGUAUGCGCCUUAUUCUGACUUUAUGCCUUUCUGAGGGGUUCGACACAUUUCCUACUCUUCUCUGUGCUGAUGGGUGCUGUAUGAUUGAUCGAAGAAUGGGUGUUUACGGGUAUCCCAUUGAAAUACAAGCACUUUUCUUUAUGGCGUUGAGAUGUGCUUUGCUUUUGCUUAAGCAAGAUGACCAGGGUAAGGAGUUCAUAGAACGGAUAGUUAAACGUCUGCACGCCUUAAGCUAUCACAUGAGGAGUUAUUUUUGGCUUGAUAUGAAGCAACUUAAUGAUAUUUAUCGAUACAAAACGGAAGAGUACUCUCACACUGCUGUCAACAAGUUCAAUGUAAUACCUGAUUCUAUUCCUGAAUGGAUUUUUGAUUUUAUGCCAACUUAUGGUGGCUACUUCAUCGGGAAUGUCAGCCCUGCCAGGAUGGACUUCCGUUGGUUUUGCUUGGGUAACUGUGUUGCAAUCCUCUCAUCAUUGGCAACCCCUGAACAAUCCACUGCAAUUAUGGAUCUUAUCGAAUCACGUUGGGAGGAAUUGGUUGGAGACAUGCCAUUAAAGGUUUGUUAUCCUGCCAUAGAAGGCCAUGAAUGGCGAAUUGUAACAGGGUGUGAUCCAAAAAAUACAAGGUGGAGUUACCACAAUGGAGGAUCUUGGCCAGUGCUUCUAUGGCUCCUCACUGCUGCCUGCAUCAAAACUGGACGCCCCCAGAUUGCGAGACGGGCCAUUGAGCUUGCUGAGAGCAGGUUGGUGAAAGACAGCUGGCCAGAAUACUAUGAUGGAAAGCUUGGUCGAUUCAUUGGGAAGCAGGCACGAAAAUUCCAAACCUGGUCGGUUGCUGGUUACUUGGUGGCCAAAAUGAUGCUGGAGGACCCUUCCCAUCUGGGUAUGAUCUCACUGGAGGAAGACAAACAGAUGAAGCCCCUCAUCAAAAGAUCAGCCUCAUGGACCUUCUGAUACUAUUUUUCCUUGUUUCCUCUCUACCUUAGCCUCAGUUUCAAGUUGAGAAGUGAGAACACACUUCUUCCAAAUUCCAAUAAGAUCUCUUAGCAUGUAGUUUGUAUUCUGUAUUCUGUAUUCUGUUUAUAUAUGGGAAAUCACAUUUAUUCUUUCUCCCA